UAUAUAUUCUCCAGUGUUAUAGAUGAACUAAUAUAAAGCAAUAUCAAAUUACAGGAUUUGAGAAGUUCUGUACUGAAAAUAUGCAACUUCCUAGGAAGAGAACUAACUGAAAAGCAAGUGGAUGAUGUGGUGGAUAAAGCGACAUUUGAUAACAUGAAGGUGGAUUCUAGAGCAAACUACACAUUAAUGCCUCCUGAUAUUCUAGAUUUCAGCAAAGGAAACUUUCUUCGCAAAGGCACUAUUGGGGACUGGAAGAACCACAUGACUGUUGCCCAGAGUGAAAGGUUUGACUGUGUCUUUAAGGAGAGGAUGGAAAAGAUGCCCUUCAAGUUCUGCUGGGAUAUUCAGGAGGAUCCAGAGCCUAUUUCCAGCUCAGUGGAUGAAAAUAAUGUGUGAUAUAAACUUUCAAAUAACUUGAAUCAGAGAUGACCUUCCAAGAAUGGCCUUUAUGUAAUUGUAAUUUUCAAUUCUGAACUCUGCAGGGACCAUAGGACAGAGUAACAUUAAAUUCUUCAUUAUUUUUAAACAUUGUACAGCAUUUGUUUAUUGAUUUAAAUUUCCAUAGCUACCUGAGCAGUGUUG